AACAUGCCCGCUCAGUGACCAACUGAACCGGAACUAUCCCCUAAGUAUGGUGAUUGUUCCUACCCGAGUUACAAAACAUGGUGCACAUUCAAUGCUAGUGUAGGCAUUUUCGUUACAUUGUUGCUGUUUCCUGGUUUUACCAAUGGACUGACAUCAGCCAGCAGAGAUGCUGCUUAAAGAUCUUCCCAGAGAGGCCCUGAUGCGGCCGUUGUCCAGGAAUGAAGUGGUGGGCAUGUUGUUGAGGUUGACCAUCUUUGGCGCAGUGACUUACUAUGGCAUCAAAUGGGUUGUAGAAGCUAUGGACCCUACAUCCAAACAGAAAAACCAAGCCAAGAAAAGGGCAGAACAGCUGAUGAAGAGGAUUGGCGUCGAGGGGGUCAAACUAACAGAGUAUGAGAUGAACAUUGCAUCUCACUUAGUUGAUCCACAAACUAUUAAGGUGUCCUGGAGAGACAUAGCAGGUCUGGAUGAGGUUAUCAAUGAGCUGCAAGACACAGUCAUCCUACCCUUUCAGAAAAGACACCUUUUAGCUGGAUCCAAACUCUUUCAGCCUCCUAAAGGUGUUUUAUUGUUUGGUCCUCCAGGAUGUGGGAAGACCAUGAUCGCCAAGGCAACAGCCAAAGCCUCGGGCUGCAAGUUUAUCAACCUCCAGGCCUCCACGCUGACAGACAUGUGGUACGGCGAAUCACAGAAGCUGACUGCUGCUGUCUUCUCAUUGGCUGUCAAAAUCCAGCCCUGCAUCAUCUUCAUUGAUGAAAUGGAGUCAUUUCUUAGGAACCGCUCCAGCCUGGACCAUGAGGCCACAGCCAUGAUGAAGGCCCAGUUCAUGAGCCUGUGGGACGGCCUGGAUACUUCCUCAACCACCCAGGUGAUGGUGAUGGGAGCUACAAACAGGCCACAGGACUUGGAUCCAGCCAUUCUGCGCAGGAUGCCCACCACUUUUCAUGUUGGCCUACCAAGCACAAGACAAAGACAGGACAUCCUGAGGCUGAUUUUAGCAGGAGAAAACCUGAGCAAUGCCAUUAAUCUGAAGGAGAUUUCUGAGAAAACAGAUGGUUACUCUGGCAGUGACCUCCGGGAGCUUUGCCGCGACGCUGCCAUGUACCGAGUCCGGGACUACGUCCGCAAGGAGCAGAUGAGGCAGAUCGCUCAGCAGCUACAGGACUGCCAGGAGGAGGAAAAACCAUUGGAUGAGGAGCGGUUGCGGCCAGUCACCCAACUGGACCUCCUCUUCGGCCUGGACAAGAUGAAGGAAUCUAAGCGGGCCACAGCCUCCAUGUUACCCAGUGAGUCGGAGGUUCCUCUGGACUAAACACCAGCACUGCACCACUGAUGGGAAGCGUUUCCUUCUCGCUUUUGUCCACAGUGACUCGCCAAAAAAGCCAGCAAGCAGCUAUACUUUUCUUUUAAGUUUAUUUAUCCAGGCAGGCGUUGUUCUGAGCAUGCUCAUUUUCAGCACUACCCUGCUGUGUAAAGUUACAACACUGAGAAAUUGAAUGUCUCCUACUGGCCACUGACCAGCUCCUUUGGAGCGAUUUAGAGUCAGUGGCUUGCUCAAGGGUACCAUGAAAGUUUGUUUGGAAGAGGAGAAAGCAUUUUUCAGAAACUUUGAGUUUGUCUGUAGUUACUGCUAGUAAUACUACAAACUACUCUACUACACCACUAUAAGGUUUCAUAUACCAUCCCACCACUGACUUACACGUGAUCAUGACCUUUCAUGAGUCAUUUAAAGUCUGGACUCCUGACCAGUGUAAUCCUUUGAGGUUUGCUGCUUGAUUAUUAAAUCGACUAUCACUCCUGUCUUUCUUUUUUUGGCCAAACGCAUGUUUGAAUAACAAAGACUAAAAUCACUUUAAAGUAAUAUUAUUACUUUGCAAGAAAUGCUGAUCCUGGUGCUCCCAAGUCACAUUACACUAUGAUCUCUGAAAAUGAUGAUGUGUGAUAGCAAAUUAUUGAGUAAUGCAUUUCAGUAAUAUCACUUUUCCAAAUAACAAGGUGUCUAGCAAAAAAAUGGAAUAUCAGUAUCCAAUCAAAUAAUAAAUUAUUAUUUAUUUAUUUUUAUUAUUAGUAUUGCUCUUUUUAAAUGUUAGAUUUAAGUUUUAAUUAUUCAAAAACUCUACCUCUGGAGUUGACAAGAACAUUGGAUGUCAUCGCUAUUUGCUUUCCACAGUCUUUCGCAUAGCUGAUCAACGACAUUGUUUUUUAUGUUUGUUUGAUUGCAUCUUUGCUUUUAAAUGUAAGAGAGGAUGCAUUUAGCCAGUGUGAGGAUGUAACAGAAAACUGCAGUAAUGCGAUAGUCAUCAUGUAAUGAGUUACCGCUCCCAAGGAGUACAAAUUCGGAUUAUUUCUUUUGAAAUGAUAGUAACGUGUAACAGUUAAAUAUAUGUUUUUAGUCAUGAAGUGAGCACCGCUGUAGAUGCUGUCAAGUUACAAAAUUUAAUAUGACAAUGAAGAGGAAGAGCAUCCACAUGGUUGGAAUACUGGAAUAUAAUACUUCAUCACUUUUAAGCACAUCCCAGCCCAGAGCUGUCAGUUAAUGCAUGUACACAAAAGCAGAUAAAAUAAACACUGUGUCAAGUGUUAAGUAGAAAUGGGGUCACCACUUAAACCCUGCAAUAGGAACCACAGCUAUAAUGAUCUGAGCAAGACACAGUUAUAACCCAUUAUCUCAAUAAUCAUUAUCCUACUACUAAGUGGCUGUAAAAAAUAUACUUACCUGUUGUAUCACUGCUCAGUCCUCAGCUGUUAGCAGGUGUAUCAUAGGAAUUGUGCUGUGUGCAUGUUUGUAAUGUGGAAGCAAAAUGCUGGGUUAGAGUUAAGGCCAAGACUUGGAAUGCAACUGAAGUUACCCAGUCCAGUGAUUGGUCUUCAGGGCAUUUAGUGCUGCAUUGUAACGCCAUGUGUUCUGCACUUCAUCUUUUUUUCCACCCAAAAAGACAAUAGCUGAUACUUCUUAAUGCUAAAAUCUUCCCAGUGUUUAUCACAAAGUUUUUUUAGUAUCGUCUUUAUUGUGUCAUUAUCAUUAUUAGAGUCUCCAUUGUUUUACUUUGAAUGUUUUUAUAAUGAACUUUUCAUGCCAUGUUCCGUGCAUCAAUCAACGACUGACAGCAACAUCUAUCGCUGUAACCAACAUCAGGGUUUUCUGUGUCAAUUACUUUUAUUCUCACUUUAAAGAGAGCAUGGCUUUAAAAUUCAAAUACUUUCAAUCAGCUGUCAGUCUAGAGUUGUUGUGACAUGCUUCUCUGCCUUCCCUCUGUACUAAAAGCCUCAUUAUUUGCCAUAUGGUCACAGCAUGUGUUCAUGGAUCUGUUUCGUGGGUCUCAUACAGACCUUUCUCCCACGCAGUCUGAGCAAGCCAGGGCAUAUUUGUCAUUCAACCUUGACCAUAUGGUGGCACUGUAGCUGCAUUGUCCUGUUACUGAGGCAGCCUGAGAUAUGGACUGCUCACAUGUAGAGCAGUCAUAUAGCAUUAUGGUGAGACAAUGAAAUAUAGGACCCUGCUAACUGUAUUGUUUCUCCCUUAUUGGUUUAUUCACUGUUGCUCUUCAUUGGAGUUCUUCAGGUGACAGUUAAAGGUCAAAAUGUUGCCAUGUAAACCAAUAAUUGUGUCACUGCAGCUUACAGGUCUUAGUUUCCUUUCUUGGAGAACGGCAACACCUGUGUAAACGCUUCCCCUCAAUGCAAUAUUAUUUAUCAGGUCAUUCAACAGUUAUGCGGCAGAGUCCAUAUGCAGUUACUAUUAAUUAUGCUGUCAACGAUGUGUAUGUGUUGAGUAUGAUAUGUUAUCCAUGUACUGUAAAGUGUAUUUAUUAAAUAAUCUUUUUUCAACCUGCAAAA